UCGUAAAGUCCGCUUUCGACUUCAAUUCCAAGACAAACCAUUCACAAUAUAGACAAAACUCCUCGCUACCUACUAUCAAAAGAGAGAGAUCACUAAUCAAUUUAUAGAAUCAAAACCUUCAUCUCCAUUCUGAUCGAUCUCUGUAUCUGCAACCAGUUACUUCGUCUACAGUAAAAAUGAGAGCUUUCGGCUCGUCCAGGUCGGGAAACUCUUUCGAAAUGUCUACGGACAGUUCGGGCAUGGGCGACUGUAGUAUUUCCACCACACAAUACUACAACAUGACACCAUUCAAAGAAUACAUUGGCGUUAGUAGUGGGAUGAGCCCAGAAUCGGGGUAUGGUAGGAAUAUGUCCAGUCAAGAGAUUGAAGAAACCCAAAAGAGUUGGCUGCUCCAUCCCCUGGAUAUUGGUGGCUCCAGAAAGACUGUUAAUUUGGGUUUUUUUAUAUGCAAGAAAUCCAUGUUUGCAAAUUUUAUUUACACAAUUUUCAUUGCAGUGAUUCUAGCUGGAUUAGUUGCUGCUAUUGUCAUAUUUGCACCCAGAAAACAUCACCAUUCCUCCCCCCCUGAUAAAUACACACUCGCUCUGCAUCAAGCGCUCUUGUUUUUUGAUGCCCAGAAAUCUGGCUAUUUGAAUUCCUCAAACAUAAGAGUUGAAUUCAGGGGAGAUUCUGGACUGCAAGACGGCCAUUUUCGCAAUAAGGAAGUUGAUUUGGUUGGAGGGUAUUACGAUUCAGGAAACAAUAUAAAAUUUGGGUUUCCGACGGCUUAUACCAUUACUUUGAUUAGCUGGAGCGUGCUUGAAUACAGGGAGAAGUAUGAAGCAGCAGGGGAGCUUGAUCAUGUCAAGGAUAUAAUCCAAUGGGGCACCGAUUAUCUGCUCAAGACUUUCAACUCAUCAAAUCCUCAAAUCGACACUAUAUAUUCGCAGGUGGGGUCUGCAAUAAAUGAUAUAGAGUGUUGGCAGAGGCCUGAAGACAUGGAGUACAAAAGGCCCGUUUCAGAAUGCAAAGGGGGUGCCUCCGAUUUGGCAGGCGAAAUGGCUGCUGCUCUGGGCGCUGCUUCUCUUGUGUUUAAGGACAGCGAGUACUCUGCCAAAUUGGUGGAGGCUGCCCAGAAAGUGUAUGAAUUUGCCCAGAAAUCGGAAAAGGGCAAAUACACAGACUCAGACCCAGCCUGUGGUGGGGCCGCUGUGGGUUUCUAUAAUUCUUCUGGAUAUUACGACGAGUUGAUGUGGGGUGGAGUUUGGGUUUUCUUUGCAACGGGGAAUUGGUCUUACCUGCAACACGCCCUCAAUGGAUAUAACACCGAUAACAAGACAUCCCUCAAUGGAGUUUUUGAUUGGGACGAUAAACUCUUCGCAACACAGGUUCUGUUAACAAGGCUGAGGAUUGUAGUGGACCCUGGGUACCCCUAUGUAAAGGUGCUUAAGUCCUCCACUGAAACAACCGAGGCAACAAUGUGCUCCUAUCUCCCAGACUACCCUAACUUUGAUCGCACUCCAGGUGGGCUAGUACUUGUGAAGCCAGGUGAAAAUGGUGGACAUCUCCAGUAUGCUGCAACCUCAGCCUUUUUGAGCAAACUAUACAGCGACUAUCUAUCCAUAAUAGGGGUUGAUGGAUGGACGUGUGGAUCUGAUUAUCACCGCUCACAACUGCUGCAACAAUUCUCAACAUCUCAGAUUGAUUACAUUCUGGGAAAGAAUCCGAUGAACAUGAGCUACGUUGUGGGAUUUGGAAAGAAAUAUCCAAGCCACGUAUAUCACCGAGGUGCAUCAAUCCCUUCAAUCUCCAUUGACAAGCAUCAGUACAGCUGCAGUGAAGGGAAAAAAUGGUUGACAGAAACAGCAGGCAACCCAAACUGCUUGAAUGGCUCCAUGGUGGGUGGCCCUGGAUCCCUAGAUCAAUUUUCUGAUGAUCGGACUAAACCAAACUUCACCCAACCCACUAUUGCUGCAAAUGCUGGAUUACUUGCUGCUCUUGUUGCGCACUCUAUGCCAGGGAAACCUCCUUCUUCUUCUUCUUGGAGAGAUGAUCGGAUGAUUGACUCUCACACCAUCUUUUCCAAUAUCCUUUUACCUCCUCCAUCUUCUGCUCCACCUCCUACCAAUCCCUAAUUCAUUCAUAUGCUCGCCUCAUUACUAGACACUCUCAUUCUUUAUUUUUUGUUUCAUGAAUGCAUAAAUUGAUUGAGGACGACUUUUAUUUUACUUUCAAUGUAUCAAUGAAUUGGGUGACAUGGAAGCUAAUUUUCAAUGAUCAAUUUGAAAGGGCUAUUCAUUUUAAUUUCAACAAAAUUAAGACUAAGUUAUAAUGUCUGGGAAUAAGACAUGGAAGAAGAAUAUUUGAAGAGAAAGGUCUUUAUAGUCUUGAGACUCACAUU